AUGCAACGCAGCAACGGUGGCGUGAGUGCGCUGGCCCACGCAAGCAGCAGCCGCGUGCGGACUCUUGCGUCUGCCAGCUCCUACUCGACCACCGCCCCGGCGGCAGCGAUGUCGCCAUCGUUGCCCAAGUCGGGGGUUUCGUCCGCGACGAGUCACGUGAAGGCGGUGAUGCUUCACGGUGUUACCCACCCCACCACGCAUCCCGUAGUUGAGGCGGAGCAGCUCAACCACAACUUCAGUUUUCAAGCCGGCGAGGAGCCAGCGAGGGCGAAUGUUACGACCUCCGCAGCGAUGCACAAUGACGCGCUGUGCCGCGGCAGCCCACAGCUCGAGUGUCACCCUUUCGUCGACCCGCACGCAGACACCGUCGAGGCAGAGGCCAGUGCGCCCUGUCGGCUCCAGGCGCGCCACCACCAUCACUGUGGCCACUACCACCGCGGUCAUCGUGAUGCGCACCGUAGACGCCCGGCAAGCGUGGGGAAAGGGGCGGCAGCCACAGCCACCACGACCACUGCUGCUGCGUCAGCUACUAACACACACCUGUGUGUUUCCUCUCAAGACCUGCCCCUGAUUCACCACACCAACACGAGCGACGGCAGCGGUAGUCGCGGCACCAGCUGCUCUUCUAGCGGCAGCAGCGGCCGCCACAGCACUCGCAGCUGCGAUAACCUCACAGUAAGCUGCGCCCCGGCUGCGAGCUUCAUGGGCUCCCAGGCCCCAGUUAACUUCAUUAACACGGCGUACCACAGGUGGUUUUCUCCGGAGCUGUUGUGCCUGGGUUGCGAGGCCAUCGUGGAGCGCAUCGUCGGCUACCGGCCGCGUCCGUACCACAGGUGGGUGUGGCGCAAAGCAAAAGACUACCAGGAGCUGCACGCGUUGAAUGUCCACAAGAACAACGCGUAUCAGAAUCCCGCGGCCGCCGCUGAUCACCCUGUCGUAGUGGAGGCCAUGACAGGGUGCGUGGCGGCGGCGCACCCGGACACAGCCUUCAAGGCGUCGCCGACCGCCUCAUCGACGCUGUCGCCCGGUGGCGCAGCCGGUGGUGUCUCCCAGGGCACAGGGAGGGCGUCCUUAAAAGUGCCACUGCCGACUGUGCUGUCGGACUCGUCUUCGAGCCCAGUCGCCGGCGUCGUCGGUCUCACGGACGCUGGGGAACGCGUGAGCAACUCUGGGAGGUGCGCCACGGCGGACAGUUCGGUUCCAAGCUGGGCCACGGCAGCAACGCCGCCGACCAAGUCCCCUUCCGGCCUGAAUCACUUGCCGUCGACCGGCAGCACCGAGAACGCGGCUGGCGGCUCGGAGUUGUUGCACACCUCCUCCUCCACUGAGAAGGAUAUGCCCUUUGGGGUGAUGAGUCAGCUCUCCGUGUACACCAUCCCGACAUCACAGCAGGGGCCUCAGUACUUCAAGACCGCCACCGAGGACGGCACCAAAACUCUGGUCAUCGUCAUGAUGGGCCUGCCUGCCCGCGGCAAGACGUUCUUAGCGCAGAAGAUCUGCCGGCUGCUGGGCUGGCAUGGGAGUCGCGCGAAGGUGCAGAACAUUCAAGUAGCGUGGCGCCGCAUGCUGCUAGACUGGGAGGCAGCGCACCCGGAGCGGGUGACGUGCAGCUCAAGCGGAGAAGCACCGGUGGGGCAGGAGGCAAGUGCGUCCGCUGCGGAAGCGAGCAUCGGCGACGAGGUGCCGUCUUGCGAGCGAGGAGCCUCGCAUGGAAUUCCGCGACCUACAGGAGCGGCAGGUGACGAGGGGACUAUCACGGCCUCUUUGCCAGCUACUGCGACGGUGGUUCCGGUGCAGCCCGCCUUCACUCGCUCAGACCGGCUAGCGGGGCGCCACUCGACGCAAAGCGAUGUGACUCGGAACGUGCCCAGCGUCGUGACGGAGUCGCUUAACGCGUCCCUGCAGCGCGCUAUGGCUACAAGCAUAAGCAGCGGGUCCACGUUGGCGUCAACCUUCACUUCCGCGGCGACGAUGACGGCCACGACAACCACCACCUACACAAAUGCCACUACUGCAGCGAAGCCCAGCCACAGUUGCAGCCUCUCCGACAUUGGCGCUGCUGCGGGACAGCGGUCGUCCGCAAACACCCCCUUUCUCUGCCUCGACCGCAACACACCAUCCGUGUGCCCUUCCAUGCAGGCGCACACGGCUGCCUUGCUCGAGGACAGCACCGCGACACCCCUGCCAACCUCUGCCGCUGACUCUUCUCUACUGUCAGGGACGCACUUCCCCGCCACCACCGUAGCAAAUGUCACCGAGAAAAGUUCACGUGGUUCGGUUACGCGGCACUCGCCGACCGCCGACACGCCACCAGAGACGACGAGCGACGGCGGCGCGCCGAGACUCGAGGCUUCAGCAGGGAUAGCACCGCACAUAACCCAAUGCGUCGACGACUCCCCGCUGCCGGCGGAGGUGCUGCGCACGCGGCACUUCAGGGAGCUCAUCGAGCAGCCCACGAGUGUCGCUCGUCGCCUGUAUCGCUACGUCCUGCAAAGCUUCGCCGAAGACUGCCGUCUCUUUUUUCAGCACGGCGGCGAGGUGGUUGUGGUGAACGACGACUUCAUUACGGAGGAGCUGCGGCAGGAGGCGGAGAGGCUGUUCCGCCCACUGGCGGCGCAGUUUUUCUACAUAGAGGUAAUCCGUGACGCCGAGGAGGACCCGCUCGACCUUGUGCGAUGCAAGGCUCGAGACCCGGUGGAGUACCCGCUCAGCGACAUCAACCCCGGAUCGGCUGCCGACGACUUACACGAGCGACUGGCAUUCUUGGAGAGCGUGUACGAGACGCUGAAGGAGGCGCCCAAGAUGAAGUCAAACGCGCGCCAGACGCCAACCACAUCCGCUGCUGGGGCUGCGGCGACCGCGACGGAGGUGGCGACAGGGGCAAGCGUCAAUACCGCAGAUGGCCACAGUGCCAAGACGCAGGACGAGGGUGAGACGACGGUUGCCUGCUCGCCCACGACGUUAUCGCAGUCAAAGCACCACCAGCAGCAGUUGGCGCCGCCGCGCAGCUACGUGAAGAUUAUGAACUCGAACACGAUUGAGACACAAGGCGUCUCUGGUUAUCUGGCGAGCCGCAUAAUCUCGUACGUCAUGAGCCUGUCACAGGUGAAGAUUCAGCAUCCCAUCUACUUUGUGCUCCAUGGCGAGAGUCUCUACAACGUGGAGGGUCGCAUCGGUGGCAACCCGUCGCUCACGGAGCAGGGCAUGCGGGACGCUGUGGCGCUGCUCGAGUUCCUUGGCUCGCUGAAGCGCCACCUCGAGCACGUAGACCGUGAGCAGUACGUGCAUAAUCAAAAACAAGAACACCACUCUAGAGCAGUCGGUGACAGCGAGAGCUGCAGCUCGGCAACUGCCGCUUUUUCUCCGAACAUGGUGGGUACGCUGGAGAUGUGGACAAGUCAGCUGCAGCGCGCCAUCCAGACUACCGAACUCAGUGAGCGCUUGCUGAACAUCCGCACGCUGCGCUGGAGCAGCCUGAACGAGAUCCACGCCGGCGUGUGUGAGGACAUGACGUACGCUGAGGUGAAGGAGCGCUACCCACUUAUCGACUACUUCCGCAGGCGCAACAAGUAUAGCUUCCGGUACCCGGAGGGCGAGAGCUACCAGGACCUCGUCAUUCGACUGGAGCCUGUCAUCAUGGAGCUAGAGAACGCCGACAAGGUCGUUGUCGUUGUGGCUCACCAGGCAGUUCUGCGCUGCCUGCUUGCCUACUUUGGCAGCACCUCGGCGGAGAGCAGCAUCGGCGUCGAGGUGCCGCAUCGCACGGUUUGGCGCUGCACGUAUGACUCAAAGGGGAUUGCCAGCCUGGACGAGUUGAAGCUGGACAACUAUGAGGUGGGCCUCCACCUUCCGAAAGGAAAGGGCUCACAGGUGGAGUCGGCCACAAACCCCUCGAGCCCCUGA